ACGUAAUUUGGCGAUUAAUAAAAGCAAUCAACAAAAGUUCUUUUGUUCUGUCUCAACUUUUGAAGAGCAUGAAUAACGGACUGGUCAUUCCAAGCUUCAGAACCUCAUAAAACCAUGCGUUUUCCAUUACCAACGAUAACAUGAAUAUGGCAGCCUAUGUAGCCGUUAUUGGAACUAAGGACAAUCCAGUGUAUGAAUUGGAAAUGGGAGGAGGAACUGAAAAGCAAGACAAGGGCUUGGGCGCACACCUGAAUCAAUUUAUUGUACAUGCAAGUUUAGACCUUGUAGAACAAGUACAAUGGACUAGUAAUGCAUUUUAUGUCCGUUCUAUUGACCAAUUUCACGAGAUGUACGUUUCUGCCUAUAUUACCCCGUCCAAUAUGAAGUUUAUGCUCCUUCAUCAGGCACAAAGCUCUGAUAGCAUUAAAACUUUUUUCCAGGAACUUCAUGAGCUAUAUAUCAAGACGAUUAUGAGUCCUUUUUAUCAACCUAAUGAACCCAUCAAGUCACAAGCCUUUGACUUAAAAGUUCGGUCGCUUGCUCGAAAGCUUCUGUGAAUAGUCCUCUUUUCUUGUGUUUAAAAACUGUUUAAUGUAUGUUUACCCUGUUGGCAAACAGGUCCAUUCAAAAUGACAUUCGUUCGUAGUGUAUGUUCCAGAGAUUCAUUGUAUGGAAUUUCAAACGAAUAAACAGAUCAAGUUUAAUAUUUUUUGAGAUAUAGUAGUCGAAUUCGGUUAUCGUCGCAAGUUUACCUCUAUUUGAUGAUACAGUAAACACUUACAGAAAUUGUUUUUGAGUAUCCAUUACUGAUACAAUUGAUCAAUUGAUAGGCGACUAUUUUUAUUUACCGUGAACUAGCUAUUUAUUCUUUCAUUCUUAAUAUCUUUUUUUCCAGCUCAGCAAAAAAACAUUCAUAUGUGUUUACUUUCUGUUACCUUUGAAUCGUUACUUUGAGCGUGACCUGACAAUACUUCACAAAA